AUGCCAAUCCGAAAUCUGAAUGUCAUCCGAUUAAAUUCUAUUAGUUUGUGCCCUGGUGUGAGCGUGUGCGACCCCGGAUACGGCUACAACGGCUAUGGCUACAACGGCUACGGCUACAACGGCUACGGCUACAACGGCUACGGCUACAAUGACGGCAUCGCUCUUGCGGUAGCCUACCCGAGCAACGGCGGCGGUGCAACGGCCAGCGCAUCUGCGACCGCGAACGCGCGCAAGCUCCACUCGGUGGUAACUGAACCAAACCCGGCUCAAUUGGCAGCUCGAAGUGUGGAGACACCCAAGCGCGUGCACGUGGUAGCACACCUCGCAGUCGCAUGUGUGUGCGCAGGACACAUCUACCCGAGCGGACAGAGCCUCUCAAGGCCUCUGUCUGUACAGGGUAUUAUUGCUUAUGAGUUUUAG